UCUCCUUGCGAUUCUCGUAGGGGAUUUUUGCUGGGCUGGAUUGGGACGUGAUGAUUCGGGCGAAUCUUUGGGGAAUCUGGUUGGGUACGUUGCGGAUUCGUGAUGUUUUUACGGCGAUUCGAGGUGGAAUUUUAGGGUUUUAGGUUGGAUUUGCGGGGAUUAGUGCUGCUCUGUUUCUUUCCUAGAAUUCCCCCUCGUUUAGGUGAUUUGAAACUCGAAAUUUUGGGAUUUUGGGUGGAAUUACCGUACGGGUGAGUGGGUUUCGAUAUGCUGAUAACCCCAUGUUUUGCCCUAGAAUGUAGGUAGUUUUCCGGUUACAUUAGUGAUUAUUUGUUUCUGGCGAGUGCUUCUGCUGGUUUUUGUGUUUUGGUGGCACCAAAAUAAAGUGUUAUUUACAGGUUCAACGAGGGUUUUGGAUUUAGAUUGCUUCGCUAGAAGUGUCACAUGUAAAAUUUGUACGUCUUUGGUGCUGCUUUUCAUUUGUAUGCAGAUGAAUUGGAGAAAAUCGGCAAAUUUGGUCAAGUCUAGGAAAUGAUAGGCACAUUUUCUGGCAGUUUUUUUUAAUUUAAUGAUAAGAUGCAAUUCAUUAUGUUUCAGAGAAUCAGCCAGUGUACACAUCAGUAGCAGUAAUAUAGAUUACUAAAAAAAUCCCUUAAAAAAAUCCCCUAAACACCACACGGCAGAGAAGGAAGUUAAGUCAUGCCUGCUAUUUGCGAAAUACUUGUGGAUAGUUUGUGUUUAGAUUUCUAUGUUGAGAAUAAAUAUGAAAAAAUAUCUCCAAUAUAUUUUAGUGUUCUGUUCUGUGUUGGUGUAGAUCCAUAUCAGGGUGAAUUUCCCGAGACAAUUGAGGAGUACUUGCAUCAUGGGAGUAUGAAAUGCAUCUCGUUUAACCGUACCGGAACUCUUCUUGCUGCUGGAUGCUCAAAUGGUAGCUGUGUUAUCUGGGACUUUGAAACUAGGGGACUUGCAAGAGAAUUUCGUGAUAAAGAUUGCACUGCACCUAUAACAAGCGUCUCCUGGUCCAAGUAUGGCCACCGUUUGCUUGCCUCUGCUACUGACAAGUCAUUGACACUUUGGGAUGUGUCAACUGGGGACAAGAUUGCCCGUAUAACUCUUCAGCAGACUCCAUUGCAUGCCUGUCUUCAUCCUGGUUCUCCCACCCCAUCUAUUUGUUUGGCAUGUCCUCUGUCUUCUGCACCUCUUCUUGUUGAUUUGAACACUGGAAGUACCACAGUUCUCCCUGUUUCUGUAUCUGAGAAUGGUAACCCCCCUGCACCUAAUCCUCGUAAUAAAUUCGCGGAUGGUACCCCACCUUUUACACCAACAGCUGCAACAUUCGAUAAGCACGGGGAUCUGAUAUAUGUGGGCAACUCCAAGGGAGAAAUUUUAAUCAUAGAUUCAAAAAGCAUCGAGGUACAUGCAGUAAUUUUCAUCCCUGGUGGAACUGUAGUUAAGGAUAUUGUUUUCAGCAGGGAUGGCCAAUAUCUGCUGACAAAUUCUAAUGAUCGGGUCAUUAGAGUCUACAAGAAUCUUCUGCCUGUUAAAGGUUCUGGAGAGGAGAUUGGAAACAUAAGCAACAACAAUAAUGACUAUGAAAGGCACUAUGAUAAGCUAAAAGCAAUUGGUGCAAGCUGCCUAGUUCUUUCUUGUGAACUUUCAGAUGCCAUCACAAAGAUACAGUGGAAGGCGCCAUGUUUCAGUGGUAAUGGUGAGUGGAUUGUUGGUGCUUCUGCAAACAAAGGAGAGCACAGGUUGCAAAUAUGGGACCAAGCAGGGCGCCUUGUAAAGAUACUUGAAGGUCCAAAGGAAGCUCUCAUAGAUCUUGCUUGGCAUCCUGUUGAACCUACAAUUGCUACAGUUUCUGUAGCAGGCCUUGCAUACAUUUGGGCCAAGGAGCAUGUAGAGAAUUGGAGUGCGUUUGCUCCCGACUUUGUGGAGUUAGAAGAAAAUGAAGAGUAUGUUGAACGAGAGGAUGAGUUUGACCUGAAUGGAUAUGAAGAACAGGCUGAGGAAGUAGUGAUAGAUGAGAAUGCUGAUAUUGAUGUUGAGACGUGUAAGAAGAAUGCAAUGUUCAGUGAUGUGGAGGAUUCUGUGGAUGAGAUUGUCUUCUUGCCAGCAGUUCCUUCCCCAGAUGAUCCUGAUGAGCAGCUGGACAAAUGCCUUGGAAGCUCAUCAAAGUUGGAGGACAGCAACCAUUCUGGUUCUCCAUCCUCAAUGGAUGCUGCACAGAUUGGUCAGGUCAUUCCUCCAGCAUCAAGCCCAAUGGAAGUGGAUAACUCUACUGCUGAAGACCCAGCGGACGGGACAAACUCAAAGCGGAAGCGGCGGCUGUCAGCAAAGGGGCUUGAGUUGCAGCAGGCUGAGAAGGGCAAAAAACCAACUAAGAAUAAGGCCAACGGCAAGUCCACGAAUUCCAAUGGCAAGCAGAUGGAAUUUGCCAAUGGAAACAGCUCUGCUGUCGAUGAUGAAGCAACUGAGGAUGAUGAGGUUAACAUUGAUAACCAGUGUUUCUGACGGAGGACAGUAGACGGGGGAAUAGGAAAAGCUAUGCAGUAUGCCCCCCCCCCCCCCACAACCCCAAGGGAAAGGAUCUGUGGCAUGCUUAGACAUAAUAAAUGUCUUUCAAAUCUGUGUUCUUGCAUGUAAGUUGAUGUCGCUGUUUCUCUUAGCCCGUAUUUGCUCUAGAUGUUUUAUCGAUAUGGCUUCACAUGUUAAGCGUAAUUCCUUGGUGGCGGAGGUGAUGGGUAUAUUGGUGAAUGCUCAUAUGAUCCUUGAGCACAUGGUUUAUGUUGUACAUGGUGGAGACAUGUUUUAAGCUAUUCUCAGUUGAUCAGUUAGUAUACUUUCUUA